AUGUCUAACUCGGAAGAGCCUGUCGCUGAUGUGCACGACGAUGAUAUCCAGACGGAUGUCCCUCGUAUGUGUGACGCUAGUACCCAGACAGAUGCCCGUGAGACAAACCCUGGUCCCGACAAAAGCCUUGUCGUCCCCCCAAUCCCCAGUGCAGCAUGUCCAGUCAAGCCCGAGAUCAGCGUCAGAAUCGUUGAUGGGAAGCGCAUAGUUGAGCUUCUAGGCUGCGGAGACGACCGCAAGGGAAGAUACAGACCCCCCUUUCGCUCAACUCAUAGGGUAAUCGCGGAAACCAUGAGCACCUUCUGGCCUCCUCGCUACAGCAGGCUCAUUAUUCCGACUAACUCAAACUUGAACAUCUUGCUCAGAGGGUUAAACUAUCUCCUUCGCCAGAAGUAUGACGCGUACCAGCGCCACCGCAGCGAGAACCCCGGCUCCCCGCUUGAGAACUACACCCGCCAAAUGCAAAAGUAUGAGGAACCCGCGAUCGCAGAGGCAGCGAGGGCUGCGGCGAGGAUGGUACGACCGCAGAGCCCAAGCCUGGAAUUGUGCUAUGUCAAUCACGACGACGAGCACCUCCUCGUGCCCAACGGUGGUAGGCUGAUCUUCAUACGCCGCAGAUCCGACGGCUGGACUGUCUUCCACGAGCCUGUCGAGAACGUAGCCGUGGAAUGUGUUAAGAAGAACGACAUCUGCCUCUGGGAGUGCGAGGAGGCGAUGGACGAGAUCUACCAUUGGUGCCGUACUCUCUUCCUUGGUGCUAACCAAGUCUACAGUCCCCCAACUGGUGCCUUAACUAGCACUUCACCAUUCUUCCUACUCGGCCCAGAUGACAUUUCUCUACCUGAAAACUGA